AUGGAUACAGAUAUUUUAAUUGAAACUAAGGAUUGUUUAUACGGUGAAGAUUUUCUAGACCAGUUAUUGACAAAUGACUACAAAUGGUCAUCACUACUAGAUGCCACAGAUGCGUCACCGAGCGAGAUCCUGGCUGAUGCAGCACCUACCUUAGUGCCGCCUAUUUCACCUAUAUUGAGUUUUAAGUCAUCAAACAGCAGUAGCAAUUCUGAUUCUGGGAGUGAGGAUGACUCUAAGAACAGUUCCAGUAGUACUUCAGCAAGACAAUCAUCGCAAUCACCUGUAGAUUGGACAUUAACCUUUAAUGAUGAGCCUGCUAAUAACCUAAACCUUGAAGAUAUUGAACUCUUUCUACAGAAAUCAACCCCUGUUCCUGUGAAAGCAGCUUCAGGAACUUCUUACAUACAAAAUGGUCUAUCCUCAGAAAGAAAUGGACCAGUUAUGGCCAUUGAAAAUGGUGUCAUUAAGGGUAUUAAAAUGGAGGUUGAAGACUGUGAUGGUGAAUCAAAUAAACUUUACAUUAAAAGAGACAUAGGCAAUGUUAACCAACAAAAUUCAUAUUUUAAAGUGAUAAACGAAAAUACAAAUGGUAGUCCCCCAAAUGAAAAGCCGGUGGGUGCGAAUGGACAGAUUCAGUUGAUCGUGGAACAGAAGAAAGUGCCUAGUAUACUUAAGAGAAAUUGGAAUAUAGUCAAACCACCUAGCAUUGUGAUACCAGCAGAGAGUACAAUAGGAGGGAAGAUCGCGAUAUCACCGCUACUGCAAAGUAAUCAUCAUGGUGCAACGGACGCUCAACCCAAGGGAACUUCGCCUAGCAGCAACAUAGUGCUUAAUCCUAAACCUGUUGUACCCUGUAAUGGGUCAACUGGCCCAAUACAAAGUCGUCAUGUUACGUCUCCGGUUGAGAGUGAUGCACCAAAUAGCCCCAGUGGGGUAGACCUGUCUAGUUUUAGUGAAGCUGAGAUAAGGGCUAUCAAAAAACAACAAAGGAUGAUUAAAAACCGUGAAUCUGCCUGUCAGUCUCGCCAGAAGAAGAAAGAAUAUGUAUCGGCUUUAGAACAACAGUUACUUGAAGCACAGCAGGAAAUUGCUAGGCUGCGAUUAGAAAAUAAGCUUUUAAGAGAUCGACUUGAAAGCAAUGGCAGAAGUAGAAAGAUGCCGAGACUGGAUGCAUCACUGUUAAUACCUAAGAAGAACAUAGCCGUUAUAUUUGCAAUGGUAUUCAUGGUGUCAUUGAAUUGGAAUGUUUUAGGGUGGAACGCAAAGCCUUUUGUCGGUCCGUCCACGCCACAUCGGAGCACGAGGCAUUUGCUGUGGGCCGAAGACAAUGCAAUUGAUAUAGCUAAUGAAGACAUAACCAACUCUACCUAUAUGGCAGAUUGCCAUAACGCUACAUUGAAAGCGUCAGACUUUAUAAAUCAGACAGAGAGCAUACGGAUAGCAGGCGAGCUGAACCGCUGGAUCGGUGGCGGUAAGACCCUCAAUUGGACCUAUGAUACUCCCAGGAAGAAACGGCAAACGUAUCUUAGCGAAGAGAAGAUUCAUGGAACCCUUUUAGAAACUUACAGAUUGUUCAACAAACUGAACCUAGAUAGCAAUAUUAUAGAUUUUCCCACAAUGAGAACUCAAAUGAAAACAGUUAAAGAGAAGUCACGAUUACGUCGUCUGAGAAGAAGUAAAGAAAUCGAAUUUACAGAUAAUGCUGUUAUAGAUUAUGAGACUUUAUAUCGAAAGCCUAUAAGAAAGUCUGUAGCGGAUUUCGAUAUGGACGACCUAGGCGAAUGGAACGCUUUACUUCAAGCUCUGCAUAGAAGAGACGAUACUUUUUAUGUAGUGGGUGUCGGGAAAGGAGAACAUCUGCUUUUACCUGCUGUGUCACAUAAUGACACGAGGCCGCCCAAAAUGGCAUUGAUUCUACCAGCGAGGACAGGGAAUGAUUCCAAAAUGAAUGAUCAUGUGACACUAAUGCAAAUCGACUGCUCUGUCGUCAACACAUCUCUAGUCAAAUUAAAAUCCGAUGCACUACCUGAAAGUUUUAGGAAACACAACACUAAUGAUGGGAUAGUCGUUGCCCCCGUUCUUAGACCACAAAAUAGAAUAAAAAAUAAUAAAGAAAAAAUAGAUGCAAGUAUUUUACAUAACUCAAGUGUAACUAAUUACUCCAAAAAUCAGGAUCUUCCACAAAAAGAAAUGGAGAUCAGUAGAGAUGACCUCUUUACAAAUUAUUUGUUUUCAAAAUCCGAUAACUCCAAAGGGAUAGUGACGAAGCCAAGAAAAGGCACUAACAAAAUUCCAGAGAGCCGCAUGACAAACGAUACUUUAAGUCCGAAAUAA